UUCGCAAGGUGGCUUUCCUCGGCAUCGGAGGCUUCAUUGGUUCUUACAAUAUUCUGCUGCAGGACAGUAAGCUGCUUCGAGUUUCAAAAGCUUCCACUACUACAUCAUUUCUUCAACCGUCAUAGAAUACACUUUUCUUUAACUUGCGCCUCGAGGCGCUCUGUUGUGAAUACCGUCUACCUCAACAUGCAAUUUCCAUCACUUCCGACUACCCUCCUCCUCGGACUUGCGUUACAUGGCGGGGUGAACGCAGCUGCCUCCUCCGACGACAAAACAAAAACUCCUGACCCGUGUACAGUCGCUUCAGCUUCCGGCUCCUUCUACGAUUUGAGACCACUAUCGAUACUCCCUCUAGAACCUGGAAAGAAAGCAGCGAAAGGAGAGAAGAUAGAUGAUUGGCAUGCGAGAGGAUACGAUUACCAUGAUCACAAAGCGAAUUUCACUUUGAAUAUCUGCGCGCCCCUGAUAGAGAAGAAGGACCAUUUUGAGGGUGUAGACAAGGACUUAUGGCAGAAUGUUAGCGCACAAUACACACUUGGAUCGAAGAUAUAUUCCAUAGGACAGGAGUCCUCAAACUUAACAUUAAGAGGCAGAAGGCUUGUCCUCCAAUACACGAACGGCUCACCAUGCGGUGGUAGUGAUAAAAAGCGUUCGACAUGGGACGAUGACGAAGAGGACAAUGACAAGAAGACCAAAGGCCGAAGAAAGUCAACCAUCAUCUCAUUUCACUGCGACAAAGACCCCCUUGCAACCCAAGCAACUGCCACCUUCGUCGGCACAGAUCCAGACGAAUGCUCCUACCACUUCGAAGUCCUCUCGAAAGCAGCUUGCAUCACCGCCGAGCCCGCGAAACAAUCCGUCGGUCCCGGAGCAGUAUUCGGAAUCAUCGCAGUCAUUGCCAUCCUAGUAUACUUCCUUGGAGGUGUUUUCUACCAACGAAAUGUAGCCCACGCCAGAGGAUGGAGACAGCUACCAAAUUACAGCAUGUGGGCAGGUAUUGGCAGCUUCAUAAAGGAUAUCUUCAUCAUAGCUACUUCGUCAUGUGCUCGCUUCAUGCCAAGUAGAAGAGGCUACAGCGCAUUGAACGUCAACAGUGGCAGCAAUGGCCGUGGUCGAAAUGGUCGAAAUGAAGAUGAGAAUCGUCUCAUUGACCAGCUUGAUGAGGAAUGGGAUGACUAAACAAGGAUACUUGUUAGAAUAGGCCAAGGCUUAGGCAUCGGGUGGUAUUCAUUGCGAGUGGCGUUUGGGUAAUCUGGAAUAGAUUGGUGAUGGGUGUAGAAUCAGACCGGAGUGGCAGCGUCCAUCAUUUUUUCGUCUGUAGUAUCAAUUCACGAUCAUCUCGUU